AUGACGAAACGAGGUCAAACAGAUGCUCAUUCAAUAUCGCAUAUAACAACAUGCAUUAAUGAUCUAUGGGCAAGUCAUCAAACUUUAGCACCAAAUGAGUAUUCAUUAUCUACCAUUGGUAUACAGAGUUUUUUAGUACGCUGUGUUGAAAAUGAGCUUUUUGUCAAAUAUAUUUAUCCAGUACUCAAGAAUGGACUUAAACCAAAAGAUUUUCUUAAUGGACUUAAUAAUAUGGAAAAAGCAAUAGAAAAAAAAUAUCAAAUAAGUAUUGAACGAUAUAUUGUUGUUGCUCGACUACGUAAAUAUUUGGAAGAAAAUGAGAGCAGAUUUCAAGAUAUUCUAAAUGAAAUUCAAAUACAUCUGCAACAAUGUAUGAGCGAACAUUCAUCUACAUCUGAACUAGAAACACUUGAUAUUUAUCAACAAUUUGAGAAACGAAACCAUGCUGCUCUUAAACUUCAUUAUAUAUAUCGUAUGCGACGUUUUCAAUUUUACAAUGGUAAUAAUAUUGGACAACCUAUCAAUAGUAUUACUCUACAAAAAUGGAUUCAAACACAUUUUCAACUGUUCUUACGUCAAAUUACGCUGAGUUCCGAUGCUCGAUUACUGACAGAAUUUUAUACGUUACUAAACAAUUCAUUUUUUAUAAUUCAACAACCUACUCCAUCCAUUGCAACACACACUCCAUUAAAGGAAAAUGGUAUUACUGCAAUGUUAAACUGUAAAAUUAUAUGUCUAUUAGAUAGAUCCGAUCGUACUAUAACUAUUCAUAAUAUAAUACCUAAAGUUUGUUUUAUAAAACCAUUAAAUAGAACAGAAGAAUCUGAUCGAGUUUGUCAACAAUCACCAAUAGAGUGGAGAAAUUAUUCAGUUGUUACUACUUCCAAAACUCGGAUGAAUUUUUCUCUUGCCGAAUUCUCGGAAAUCGUUCUAAAAGAACCAUCAAAUAUUCCAGAUGAUCAAAAAUCGUCAACAAGAAAAACAAUACAUUAUGCACAAUCCAUAUACCGUAUUGAUUUUUAUAUUGAAAUUACAGUUCGUUUUCCUCAUCUUUCAUCACCUUAUCGAACAGUUAUAGUUGUAUCUUCAUCUCCAUUUGGACUUGUAACAAAUACAUCACAAGCAACAGAUCUUUUUGCAGAAGUAUUUAUAAAAGAACUUCAGAUGUUAAAUCAACCACCGCAAUUAAAUACAGCAAAUAACACAAGUAUUUCAUUACCAUUAUCAACAAACUUAACAUUUAAUGAACUUAUCGAUAGUAUCGAACGUUAUUUCAUAUAUAAAACUGGUAUUUAUCCGAAAGAAUGGGUUAUGGGAUCUAUUCGACAGAACCUAGAUGCUGUCUAUAAUAAAAACCAGAGUUCAACUGAUAAACAAUUUUACAACCUUUUAGCUAAAAUUCUCGCUCAAAUUGAUUUUAUGUGUGAACAUCCAGUUUUAAUUCUAUUCCAUGAAGAUGGACUUUUUACUUUUUCAGAUAUUGAUCCAAUGAAUGAAAUUUUAAGAAACAUGUGUAUUGAACAUAAAAAACCUGUUUGUGCUAUACGUUUUGGUUCGAUACAUAAUAUGUUGAAGUCUAAAGAUAUUGGAGUUCGUAUUGAUUACAUAGAAAAACCUUUUACUAAUAUUCAACAUUAUCGAUUUAUCGAAGAUAAAUUAUCCUAUGAACUGGGUCUAUUUAUAACUAAAAUAGCACAUUGUGAAGUAUCAAAAGCUAAACAUAUAUUAUCACAUAUUAAUAAAAUUGGUGCAAAUAAUUAUUGUUGUGAAUUCACACAUAUGGAUAUGUUUGUUAAACUUUAUAACAGUGAUAAACUAAAGGAAUUCUAUACCGAUAAAGAAAAAUACCGUUCGAUAUGGAUGAGUUUUGAAAAAAAAGAUAGCUAUAGGUCUGAUGAACCUAAUCAAUCACAAACAUCCAGUUCAACCCAAGAUGAUGGAAAAGUUCAUAAUACAUCAGCUAGUGGAAAUAAUUAUUCCUUUAUUUUACGUGAUCUAAUUAAAAAUGAAUAUCAUUCAAUAGAACAGCAGCAUAACGAUGAAUUGUAUAAUCCAUCUGAAACUUUUCUGGAUAUACCAUUAUCGUCUCAAACACGUUUCUAUAAUCCUCAAAUGAAUACAUAUUUAAAUCCAAAUCCGGUGAUUAUUGUGAUUUCAUCGAGUAAUCCGUGUGCAAUAUCGAAUGAUGAUAUUACCGAACUAGUGUCAAAUAAUUUUCCACAGUAUGCUUCUGCUAUUCAAUCUAAUCAUAUUCUUCGAGUCACUGAUGAUCCACUAUUGAAACUGUUACCCGAGCCGUCUAAUUUUUGUACGACUUCACAAUCAAUGUUUCCAUUUAUUGAUCAAAAUACAACCUGUGAACCUGAUAUUACAGACCCAACGAAUUUUUUACAGUUUUCUUGA